UCCGGUUUCUCUCCCGGUGCUCUCUCCCUCUAUCCCUGCGUGUCGAGGUCCCAGCAGCUGCAAUCAUGUCUCAAGAGGCUUUGACGAGCGAGCAAGUGGCGGAGAUGCGCAAGAAGCGCACCUUCAGGAAGUUUACCUUCCGAGGGGUGGACCUCGACAAGCUCCUCGACCUCUCCAUGGAGGAGUUCAUGGAGCUCGUGCACGCGCGCGCGAGGCGCAGGAUGUCCCGCGGGCUCAAGCGCAAGCCCAUGGCCCUCAUCAAGCGCCUGAGGAAGGCUAAGAAGAACGCGGCCCCCGGGGAGAAGCCCAGGGGUAUCAAGACCCACCUGCGGAACAUGCUCAUCGUGCCCGAGAUGAUCGGCUCCAUCGUCGGUAUCUACAACGGAAAGUCGAUGAACGGCGUGGAGAUCAAGCCCGAGAUGGUCGGCCACUACCUCGGCGAGUUCUCCAUCACCUACAAGCCCGUGCGCCACGGAAGGCCCGGGAUCGGUUCCACCAACUCGUCCCGUUUCAUCCCGCUCAACUAAACCAGCGGCAGCAUGUCGUAAACGGCAUGGCAAGGGGCGAUGUGGCCUGCCUACAACGAACCGCGGAAGCCUAGUGAAGCUUGGAAGCGUGUGCUCUGUCGUGCAAGCGUAGCUUAGCUUUGUGUUGUGCCUACCGUGCUUCGUGGCUUAGCCUACCCUACUUGUAGUGUUGUUUGUACGGGGGGGAGCAUCACGUCAUGGAUGGCGUGACUUGAGAGAGUGUCGUCAAUUUUUUUGACUACCACAAAAAAAUACAAAAAUG